UGUUGUUCCCACUCGCGAAGAGAGGGUGAGAGAGACGUAAAUCACUAAAUCUAACAACACACCACAAGAUACGGUGCAUAAUUUUUGGUAUCAAUUUCAAUAGCGGUUAAAAAUUAGUCAUGAAUCGCCGCGAAGAUACGAAUCCUUUUGAUGAAGAAGUCAAUCCAUUCUCGAAAGGUGGUGGUGCAGGUGCUCCAGCAUCAAAAUCCCGUAUCCCUCAAAUGGUUGCUAGUAGCCUUGGUUUUGGUCAAAAACAUGAUGCAACUGUGGACAUACCAUUGGAUUCAGUGAAUGAUCCAAAGAAAAAAGAGAAUGAACUUUCUAAUUGGGAAGCAGACUUGAAAAGAAGGGAAAGGGACAUCAAGCGAAGAGAAGAAGCUGUUGCUGGUGCUGGCAUCCCGACAGAUGAUGAUAGAAACUGGCCUCCAUUUUUUCCAAUAAUUCAUCAUGAUAUAAGCAAUGAGAUACCAGUUCAUGCUCAAAAGUUGCAGUAUUUGGCGUUUGCAAGUUGGUUAGGGAUUGUGCUAUGCCUUACAUUUAAUGUUGUAGCUGUGACUGUCUGUUGGAUCAAAGGCGGUGGUGUGAAGAUAUUUUUCCUUGCAACAAUUUAUGCUCUUCUUGGAGUACCUCUUUCCUAUGUUCUAUGGUACAGGCCACUCUAUCGUGCAAUGAGGACUGACAGUGCUUUGAAAUUUAGUUGGUUUUUCUUGUUCUACCUGCUUCACCUUGGGUUUUGUAUAUUUGCUGCUAUUGCUCCUCCAAUUGUCUUUCAUGGGAAGUCAUUAACGGGUAUCCUUGCUGCUGUUGACGUUUUCUCUGACCAUGCAUUAGUGGGGAUUUUCUAUUUAGUAGGAUUUGGAUUAUUUUGCUUGGAAUCACUUCUAAGUUUCUGGGUGCUUCAGAAAGUUUACAUGUUUUUCCGUGGGAACAAGUGAGAUGAGAUGAGAUGUUUUUUUUCUUUCAAAAGAGAAGAUCAAUACAAGAUUGCUGAUGUCUGUUCGUAUAUUGUUAGUUGGAGUGAGUUACUACUUUACUAGUUAGAAUAUGAAUAUGAUUGGUGUGUUGAUUUGUGCUGUUAGCAGGGUUUUGUGCUUAUGCUUUUCUUUUGGCAGUUUAUCAAG